GUUUUUUGUGUGCGACUCACUCUUCUCCCCGUUUUAUUUCUAUUGCCCCCUCCGUUCCCCGGCCCUCUGCCCCCCUCUCCUCCCCUCCCCUCAUCAGAACUGGCCCUUCCUUUCGGGCCUCUGCAACCGCACAGAGUGGAUGGGACAGCCGUGCAACCCUGA